AUGUCGUUCGGCUGCUGUGAUGGAGCGGCUGGCGAAUACCGCGAGGCUAUUUUCUUCCUCAACGACCUGAAACCCACCCUGGAGCCUCUGAGAACAUUCACGGCAUGGAACGCAUACCCGAGCUAUGGGAAGCAGAUACGAGACCAGGUGGAUUUCAUCAAAGGCCCCGUUGACGAGUUUCUUCGGGCAGUCCUCAAAUACGAGCCUAGCCUAGGCACAAAGGCUAAGGAUGGACACCAUCGGCACGUACUACGGAAGUUGCAGUGGCAUGUUUCCAUGUCAAAGAAGGUGACGGCGCUGAGGAGCAAGAUUGAGUCGCACAUGCGCAUUCUUGACUCUUUGAUGAAGAGGCUGACUCUGGACGUGGUUGUGACAACACAAGAGAACCUUCCAGAGAAAGCUUCGCACGAUUUUCCAACAGACCAUUUGCCCGGAGCUGCUCUCCGUACUUCGAACACCAACACCCUCACAGGGAUAGGCCGGAAAUAUGGACCGAGCUUUACACCAACUUGGCUUUACCCACAGAGGCGGGUUGAAGCUUUGUUGAGCGUUCAACAUGCCCUGCCCAUCAAAUACGCAGCGAAAGUCUCAUCGUACCUCGACCGAGGAGACUCUGAGGCUUCGAAGCACGGUGCUACCUCUGGCCGAAUAAGUCUCAUUUCAGGGACGACAGAAUCACUACCAGGAGUAUACUACCUUGUCCUACUCUAUCUUGGUUACUUUCUGCGAAAUCUAUUCCUCACGUUAUCGCAGCUGGUGCAGCCGUCUCGGAGGCUGUUGCCCAUGUGGGAUCCCAAAUUCAACAUCUCCUUCCUUGACGCUGUGGGGAGCCCGCCGCGAAUUCUCCCCUACGAGCACUUCAAGUACUUCAAGGUACUCCAAACCUUCAUACAAGAAGAAUUCAAAGGAGUUCCCCUCAUCGAACGCGGGCGUUACCUAAUACUUAGUACUGUGAAUAACCGGUUUCUCGACGAGAAGAGUUGGCGCCGCUCAGUUGCCCCUGGAAGUACAGUUGCCAUGUCGGCUCUUGUGCGGACACAGAGAGAAGACGCAGAUGACUUCCCACUGGGCGUUAAGACAGAGAGAUGUCCAGAUUCAUCUUGCGAUGGGAGGUGGGCGAGGCCAGCAAGCCAAAAAUGGACCAAAUGCCUCAUUUGCACUAAAGAAGUUCUCAGCACAGAAUCAGGUCCCAGCGAUUCUUUCAAAGACAGCGGUCUAACGGAUUUUGAAGAACCAAAUUCUCUAUCCCCGGAGAGAUCCAUGCGAACCAAGCGAACUCAUGCAACAUUCCCUAGUGAACCGGAGAGAGAUUCUCAGCGGGCCUCCAGCCCUGAUGUAGAGAACUCGGACAACGGGCACUCUGACCUCGAUGAUGAUAUCUCCCUAUUCAAAAGGAAAGUCAGGCAGAUGGGGAACGUACGGAUCCACGCGCUGCCUAGCACCUGUACGACUCACUACGAGAAGUUUGACAUCAUGCAUGUCAGAGAAAUGUUCCCGGCAGCUUCGGAGGGUAUCAUCCAGAAACUCGGGUUGGCAAACUCUCGCAGACGCCAACUUUUCAAAUACACAGAGGCUCAAUGGCUCGGCGAAGCGUCCAAAUUCAUCAAGAAUUCGCAGCAGGCGGCAAAGGACGACAUGUCUAUUGGGUAUGUCCGAAGCCACAUAUCGGAAGUUGAUUUUUUGGUCAAUUACCACGCGAUGCCUCGGUACCCCGAAUAUUGA